GUGUGUAUCGCAAUUUUUAAACAAAAAAUUCUCGUCAGAACAUGUGCUUCGUAUGUAGAGUUAUUAAUGAAAAUUUUCUAUAAAUUGGUGAAAGUAAUCAGCAAAUGUAGUUCCGUUUUUGCAAUUUAUUCAUUCAAAAUUACAGCCUCACAGCAAAAGCAAGAUGGAGGUUAAAAAUGUGAAGGAGAGUCAACCGAAAAAUUCCGUUAAAAAGGAUACGAUGAACGGAAGUUCAAAAAAUCAUCUGGAAAAAAAUAAUGUUGAAAUAGAGUUAAAACAAAAUCAGGGUACCAGUAGUAGAAAUCGACACUACUCUUUGAGCGAAGAACAGGAGGACCGAUUAUUGGCUGAUGACGAGGAAGAUCUGGACGUUAUUGAUUGCUAUUAUGACGGAGAGUUGGAUAGUGAUGGAGAAAUUAGUCCAGUACCUAAACAGGUUAAUAUUACAUCCAAAGUUUUUACAGAAAUGGAAGAGCUAGAAUCGCAUCCGAACAGUCCUGUUCAUGAAAGUCACACUGAGCAUUCGAAGGAAACGAACUUUGAAGCUGGUCAAGAUUUGCGUAAUUUGAAUGACGGUUCUACGAAAAAUUUUGAGGUUUCAAAGGUCUCAAUCGUAGGCAUGCCUUCAGAAGUUCCGAUGGUAAAAAUACCAUUUCCGUCCGAAGUGCCAAUGUUAGACAUUCAUGUCGAUACAGACACCCUAAAAACAAUAAAUUCAGACGAUGAUUCGCUUUCUAUUACACCGUGUAUAGAAAUAGAAACGAACCCAGCAACAACUGAUUUUGAAACGAUUUGUGUUGAAGAAUUACCCGAAAGAGCACGACCCACCGAGAAUUAUUGCUUUAUACCGGAUAUUUCUCUUAGGGUCAAAACGGAGGACGAGAAAGAGCGAAUUCUGGCCGAGCCUUUGGUCAAACAGAUGGUGAUCACUGAAGUUUACAUAGAUGAGGAUAUCGAUGUCGGUCGAGAAGGAAUGGGUAGUCAGGAAUCGUUGAAUCUCGAGAUCGAUCACCUCGUUAAUAAAGCUUCCGAACUUGUUAAUCACGACGCGCCAGAUCGAUCCGAAUGUGACGCCAAACCAGGCACGGACGCGAAGCUGUGCAUCGAUUAUAGUUUGGACGGGGAAUCGGACAGUAACGCUCAGCAAGAAGAUCCAGCUGUUUUGCAACUUAAAUUAGACCUGUAUCAGAAUAUUGGUGAAAUGGAUUAUGAACCCGAAGAGGAUGAUCGUGGGAUUGAAAAGUUCAUUAUGCUUGACGGCAUCAAGCAAGAACGGGUCACCCCGGUUAAAAAGCGCGUUGAACGAACGCAGAUCGCUGCAAAAGAUAUUCCCACAAUCGAUUUGAUUUCUACAGAUGAAGAACUCGAGGGUGCGGACAUUGUUUACUACAAGCCAGAUAAACGCAGAAAGCGCAAAUCGACGGAAUGCAGUAACAAAAGUCAUGAACAUAAAUUAAUGUUGGGUGAAGAACAUCGGUCACCAGAGCGGAUUUUAUCUCAGCAGUCUGAACCGAUAAAUUCUGAAGCUAUUUCCCAUGAUACGGCAGAAAAUUUGAAUUCCAAGUAUUCAGACCGGGUGAUGAAUCUUCGUAAACGUAACGUUACAAUUCUUCCUGAAAUGACGAUGAUAACCUCUGUUAAAAAGCCUCGAUCUUGUGGUAAGAAAUCUCCAUCCAAAAAUCCGUCUAGAAACAAAAAAAGGAUUGAUCCAAGUAUGAUGGGUUAUAACAGACGCCGCAAAUCAACCUCACGUUCUGCAUCUAAAUGUAGCAUGUUGUCGAAUGGUUCAACUACCUGUUCAUCUAUGAUGGAUGAUGAAAUGAUUAUGGAAGAAAAUGAGGACUUUAUCGACAUUAAACUACCUUCAACGAACGUGGAGAAUAACUACGAAUCCAAGUGCAAUGAAGCUGCCGAACCGUGUUCCCCGAUCAAUACUCCACCCGAGAAAAACGAUCAAGAUUUGGACAAAAACGACAUUUGUACGAAAGAAAUAGAACCAUCUGUAUCCAUUACUGCACCAACAUCAGAUCUGGCUCUAUCUGACAUGCUAGAAUCGUACUUCGAGGUAGAAGUCGAAAAACCGUCGAAUGUUGUUGCAUUUCACUCUAUGUCUUCUGAAGAAAAAAUUAUUAUGGAUACAUUGUUUGCCGACUGUAAUACACCAAACUCCCAUCAAUUGAUCAAUAACAUGCCGCUUGGUCCACUUGAUACCAUCCUGGAUGACGGAAAGGCUUUGAAUUUAAAUACACCAAACGCAUUAAUAGGUACUGAUAGCUACGUCAUCAACAUUCCGUUACCGGAAACUAAUGAACUAUCAGAAACCACUAGCCCACCGGAAUGUUCAGAAGAGACCGUGGUUCAAGAUGGGGUCGAUGGUUCAGUAUCAGAGGUAAAACGAGUUCAUUUUAAUGUAGUUCAAAAUUAUGACAAAUAUCCUAUUCCAACCUUGCAUUCCAACAAGCAAAACUCGGCUGCAAAACAGACAAAAAUGAUAAAUGCUCUUCCACGUGGCAAAGGCAAUCGAAAGAAAGGAGAAUCAGACGAGGACUUCGAACCUCCUGGAUGGAAAACCAAAAAAGUUAGAAGACGUAGAAAAAAAACUACCUCCAUAUCUUCACAACCUGAGGAAAGCGCUACCGCAUCUGCUAAGUCUACAGAAGACGCGGAUGAUCAGAAAUCUAAGCCACAAAAGUCUAUGGUUGAAGCGACGGAUGAUCAACCGCCGAAAGCCGACAGCGGUUACAAAAGUAUGCCAUCCUUGGAAGAAGAUUUGGCAUUAACUAGCUCCUCCGAGAGUAGUCAAUGUUCUGUAAUAGACAAAGGUAGUAAUGCUCAAAAAGAUUGUCAAUUGUCCAACGGAAACAAAUCCAAAGAAAAAGCUCCCAACAAAAAUCUGCAAGAAUCUGCUAGCGUUCCCAAGGCUUCUAAAGAAAGCAAGAAAUCGUCUUCGACUAGCGUUAGCAGUAACACUAAAACUGGUAAAAAGCGUGGACGACCACCCGCUCAAAAAGAUACAACUAUUUACGAUUUCUUCUGCCCAACGAGUGGAAAGUCCAAAGGCAACUGUACAGCUUCCUGCUGUGAGCUGCCAAAUAAGGACGGUUCACUAAAAUUGAAAAUUUCUAAAAAAUGGCUUUCCAAGAAGGUUUCCGAAGACAAUGGACAGCCGGCAAAAUCUGCUUCUGGAAAUAAGUCCAAGAAAAAAAGAAGAAUUCUCAGUAGCAGUGAUGACGAAUCUUCCAUGACUAUUAGUGAAACAACGACUACACCCAGUGAGUGUACAAUUACUGACGGCAUGUUGUCAUGCACAAGCUCAUUCACUCCAAUGGAAAGCGUUGAAGAGUUAGUAAUCGAAACCACUAAAAAAGAAGAAAUUCUCCCUGAUAAAGAAAAAGACAUUCUUGACAAAUCUAAAACACCUAAGUGCAUACCGGAGAAGGUCAAACUAGAUAAGCUUCAAGUAAUCCUUUCACCAUUAACUGAUGAAAAAAUUCGGAAGAUUAAUACUCCGAAAAAGAAAGUCAGACCAUUGAACAAGGCUAGUCAAACUGAAAUUUGUGGUUUGACUUGGUCUAUCGAAUUAGGACAAAUUAACUUCCAAUCAGAAUAUUUUGAAAAACUGAGAACACUGCUAAACAAUAAUGAUUCUAAAGAUUCAGGGCAAUCAGGGCCUAAAGCACCAGGUAAGGAAACAAGUCCAAACGAAUUCGUGCCUAACGCGAGACUACUCGACCAAAAACUCGAGUCUAAAGAAAUAAGUGCAUUUAGCGGUAAUCAGAUGCCUAGCCGAGAAGCAUUACAAUUCAAUUCAGUUGAUGUGUCUGAAAAUUUACUUUUCCAAAAAAGAGUAGACGAUGUUCAGAUCGUAGCUCCCAAAACCAUCGAUCGAGUAGAACGGAAUCAGCUGGAUAACGCGGUGAAAAGUAUUCGUUGUAACUUCCGCAUUCCGAAAAUUACCAAACAGCCAUCAACAUCUCCGCAAACGGUCACUUCGUCAACAAGUUCUCAAGGGUUGGAAAAUAUUGCGAAAGAUAGGAAUUUGACAGCAACCUCCGGCUAUACCAACGCAUCCGAGGAAAAUCCACUUACAGAUGAUUUAACGAUUUCUGCGGAAACUAACCGUACCGCGAGUUCAGAUUAUCCGUCGUACGGAGACGAACUGGAACCUUCCUAUCGGCCAUCUGCGAACGCAUCGUGCUUGAUAGGUCCAUCUUCACGUAGCGAACUGAGAACAGACAUCAUAACCCAAAGUGAUAUAGAAUUGCCUUCGAACCAAACGGGCUCUCCUAGCAACUCAAGCUCGCUCAGUUUUUGCAGUUCUUUCAGCUUGUCACGUAGGAAUAGUGAGCAACCGACGAACGAAAGCAAUAACAAAGCUAACCUUCAGAGCUUGGAUACCCGACCGAUUCUACCAGAUCGUUCGGAAAUGGUCGGUCAGUUUAAACGCACCAUUCGAAAUGAUCAGGCGCAGACACAGCCGACAAUGAAUAAUCGUCAAACAUCGUCACAGCAACUGUCACUGUUUCAAAUGAUGGCUGGAAAUUCUGGCGAGCCCAGUUUCAAUGUACAACAACCUACGAUUAAUCCGUUCUCAGGAUUUGCAGACAACGGGCCUGUUCCGUCAGCGUACAAUGUACCUCUGAAACCUUGUGGAAUGCCCGUCAACCGCGGAUAUUCUGCCUUUCCUGAUGUCAAUCAAAAUUAUUCUUCCUUAUUCGGAGGAAUGGCUGGUGGUAUCAAUCCUCUGAAUAAUUUCAUGGCAAUGAUGUGGGAACAAUUUCAACAACAGCAACAAACUCAUAUUUUUCAACAGCAACAACAAACACAUAUGUUCCAGCAACAACCACAAACGCAUCCAAUGAGAAAUGCUGGACAUUUCGGACAACCACAAUCGUCGGCUCAGCUGUUUCCACAAAUAGGACCAAUGCGAUCCAAAACUGGACCAUCGCCCGAGCAGAAGCCUGAUAUGGGCGCACGUCCAAGACCAGAAAAUUUCGAAAUGAUCAGUUAUCUUUUCGGGUGUUACGACUUCUUAUCAGAUCAAUGCAAUAAGCCUAACUGCAAGUACGAUCAUUAUCUUGCUAGCCAAGAUGACGUUUUGCGCAAGCUCGGUACCCAAAACAAAGAUUUUAUCAUGUGCACCUAUCGGUUUGUUGCUUCGCGUGACGAUUUAUUUAUCAAAUAUUUCCCGGUGUUUACUAGCGCCAUGGCACAGAACAACAUGCGUCAUCAGCUAGUGACUACAAUUCCGGAUUGCGAAUUACCAAGAAGACCCAUCCAUUAUUAUCGGUACAUCGUGGAGGGUCUGCAACUCAGUGGCACCAAUCCAGUUCAAGCGGUUCAGAUUCUCAUCGAAAAGCAUGUCAAAAAAUCUUUCAAUCAAAUCAAUGUCAUCAUUGAGCUCGUCUUGGAAACUGGGGCCAAAGGAGUUGUCAACUUCCUGCGCUGGUUGGAGGAAGUUUUGCUGGUGCGAGAUUACAAAUUCGAAACAAAGUCGGUGAAUCGGUUGCUCGGACUGUGCCUCGAAUAUGAUCGACCACCCCACGAAAUGAUCAAAUUGGUGGUGAAGCUUAUAUUGCGAAUCUUACCUGGUGAAGAAUCCUCACUUGACUAUAACACGCUCUUAACCUUUGUUACUAAGGUUGGCCAAAUUCCCGAGUUUGUAUUGGACGUUAGUCAGAUUGUCCAGAAGUUUGCGAAACAAGUUGUUGAAGUUUAGAUGAUAGGUUAAAAUAAGGACAAUUGCUUGUACCGGAAGCUGAUGGAUUUUUUUCGUUUAAUUUUUUUUUCUCAUUGUUCUUUUCUAUCUGCUGACAAGGAAUCAUCCCAUUUUUUUGUUAUUCGCUUCAGUAUUUUGAGCUUUGUUUCAGUAGUCGUAACAUAUUCCGCUUAUGUUUUCAAAGGAAAGUUGAGUUACACGUUUUUUGCCUUUCGAUUUCGUAUCCAAUCGUAGUUUUUUUUACGGAAAAAAUAUCUAGGCAUAUCGUUUGUUUUAUUUACCGCUAUCGGUAAUGUUAAGUUCGAAUUGCUAUCAUAUGAAAUAAAUGUUUCAUCGAAACUAACGGAAUUUGAAUCAUUUUGAUUGAAUUUAACGGUUAAUUUUACGUUCAAAAUAAUGAAGUUUUUCAACAGAUAACAGAUUUAAAAUAAGCGAAACCACGAAUUUUCUGCAGAUUCUUUAAGAAAACAAAAUUAAACUUUUAUCAUUUGUAGAAAUGUAGAAUCAUUCAAAACAAUCGAAAUACCGUAUUGAAAUAGUUUUCCUUUAUUUAACAGCUCAUUCUUAACAGCUAGAUGGUUCAGUUCAAUUUUUCUUUAAAAAAGUUAUCUUCAAUUCAGUAAAUGGUAUCGAAUCCCGUGAGACAACUAAAUAAUUUAGAAUAGGUCUAUAGCCAGAUUGCGAAUAUUUUGCGCUCCGAACAUAGAUUAGAUAAGGAUAUGGAGCAAGUUUAAAUAGUAUUGUUCCAAACAGGUUAUUGAUUUGCCUUUCCAAAAAAGCCUCAUCGCUAACCAUAGCGAUAUUUAUUCACAUUGACUUUGAAUUACUAAGGUUUCGAUUAAAUUUCAUUAUUUGUUCUUCGAUUUAUAUUACAUAUAUAUUACAUCAAUAAAUUGAUUUAACAGUUAUUUUUUAUAAAUUGUAGAUUCUCUAAUGCUGUAUCUGCUCACAACAAAUCAAAAUGGAACAUUAAAAAAAGAAAACUAAAAACAAUAACGAAAGCAUUUUCAGAAAUAUGCACCUUCUGCAGAAUUAGACGAGAGUAUGUAUCCGUCAACGGAUGCACCAACGUCCUAUAUUUUGAUUUGAGCAAAUCAUUUUCAGUUCUGCUGCACGCCUGGCUUGUAUGUUCAUUGAAUAGAAAUUAAAAAAAAAUACGUCCCUAGGUCUAGGUUUAGAACCUACUAAACUUGCCAUACUAUGAAACGCUAUUUUUUCUGCUUAAUUUUCAUUUAUAUAAUUGCUGUCAAAGAUCUCCAGUUCACGCUGGAUGAAGUUAGCCUUGUUGCUCAACACCUUCAGCUGUUUUUGGUUAGUUUCAAUAACAGCAAGAGAAGUUUCGAUUUCCUUCAGCUCGGUAUUCAUAUCGGUUGUGGCUGUGUCCACAACACGACAAAGUCGGGCAAAUGUACUGGAUAACUCCCUGGAGAAAGAAAAUAAUAGGAAACCUUGUUAGAAUCAUUCAAAUAACAACAUUCGUACCACUUACUGUUGCACUUGGUGGCUACAGUUGGCCGAUGUAAGGUCAACAAUCAGCUUCAGUUUUCGUGUGGCAUGCUGAACGUAUUGAUUUUUGAAACUUCUCUCUUUGGCUGCGUUCGUCCAGGACAGGCGCUCGUACAGGUAGACGCUACCGUACAAAACACCGGCACCGACUAUCACUCGCCAGCCGAUUGUUUUCAGCAACUAAUAGGAGGGAAGAUAUAAUCAAACAUUGAAGAAUUAAGAUUAAAAAAAAACUAGACAAUUUUUAUCUUACCACUCCAGCUACCAGCAAACCGACUGUGCCCUGAGAACCGAUUGAGGCGAUAGCCACUUUGGAUAUUACGGACAGCUGUUCCUCGGAGAUAAGAUCGUUUUCCGGGAUAAGACACAUCGGUGAGGUUGGCGACAUGAUUUGCGAAACCUGGAAGAAAUUUAAAAAAGGAGUCAGAAGUGGAGAAAACUAACAAUAAAACACCAAACUUUUGUGUCAAUUAGGCAAUAGGUUUCCCAUUUCAACAUUGCGAAGGAAAUUGCCCAAGUUGUAACGGAAAUUAUUAUACUCGAUUUAAAACAACAUUGUUCAAAUUCAGCACUGGUUUCUUACUGGAAGCAUUUCAACUAAAAAACUUAAUUUUAAAUUUACGAGCAACGAAAACGUCGCGAAUAACCUGAUAAAUAAAAAAAACAAAAACAUUUGUCAUCAAAAACAAG